CCUAGUAAUUGUCUAAGAGUGCAGUGUGCAUGUCUGUGGAAGUUCGCCGUUUCGCUCAUGUAGAUAACUCGGUUCUACAGUAUUUGGGCUUUUUUGACUCGAGUAAUUUUGAUACACGUUCUUGUAAGGACAAGCAAAAGAAUGAGAUUUCUCUCCCUCCAGAUCCAGAGGAUUUGAAUAGUUCGCCUGACCAACGACAGACAAGCGCAACAGAAAAUCGCUGGCUGACUUCACCGAAAGUGGAAGUUGCUAUGUCACCUAGCAAGUGUUUGUUGGCUAUAGCUCAUGAUGGAGAGGCUAGCUUUAUGAAAGUAUACGACGACUAUGCUGCAAAGGACCAUAGCGACACGUUGCUGUAUAAACCGUGUUUUUGUGAUCGACUGGCGAAGAACGACGGAGAUAGUAUCACUUGUUUACUCGUAGUUGAUGUCUUAAGCCAAGGAAGGACGCCACAGCAGCCGAAACGCACCUCUUUAAAAAUGUCUACACGCUCAUGGCCUUGUGUAGCUGUUGGUCAUCAGUCUGGUCACAUCACGUUUUACACAGAAGAUGGAGUGACUUUGCUACGCCAAAGGCUGCAUGAAGGAGCUGUAAUUAGCAUAAAGUGCAGGACAGGUUGGGGGACUUUAGGAUCAUCCCCUGUGGAUGAGAACGAACAGCUGCUGAUUUUGUAUGAAAACGUUCUCGUAACAAUAGAUGCGUUUAGUCUGCUACAGACAUUAAGAGUGUGUUGGAAUCAGCUACAGAAAGCUCAGAUGGAAAUUUUGUCACAAUUGAAUCUAACAUACAAAAAGUGGGAGUUGUCAUCACAAGGACGAGUCUGUGAUGUAGAGAGUUGUGGCAUUAUGACUGAGUCUCUGUUUGAUUAUCUAAAGGAGGCAUGUGCUGUUGGAGGCUACAACAUGACUAUACGAGGAGUGCCUUCUGCUGUUCACAAGUAUAUUAGUGUUGGAGCUUCACCAAUGAUUGGCAUAUAUACAGCAUCACAGGACUCCGGACAACCACUUUUUUCAGAAGUUGCUGUUGCUAUGGCAAGCAGACUUAAGUCUGCAGUCAUGUCAAAGCUUUCAUUUGCAAGUGGGUGGCUUCCUUGGGGUUCCAAAGAAUCUCAAGCUAGUUUGGCUAUGGAGUCAAAAGUGGAAGAAGCUACUCCUCUUACUGCAGCUUGUCAUGUUUCUGAUCCUCGCCGAGUGGUAACAUCUAUAGUACUUUCUCCCAAUUGGAAAAUGGCAUUAACAACUGAUGAACUUGGGCGUGUUAUGCUCUUGGAUUGUGAGAAUUUUGUCAUCAAACGAAUAUGGAAAGGUUACAGAGAAGCUCAAUGUGGAUUUUCAACAUCAUCAGAGAAGUUUUUUCUAACAUCAGAAUACCAGGAACCAAGAGCACCACGUGUUGGAACUUUUGUGAUUAUGUAUGCACGAAAAAGAGGAAUACUAGAGGUUUGGCCGACAGGACCUGGAAGUAGAAUUGCUGCAUUUAAUGUUGGGUUUGGAUGUAGAUUGUUGUACAAUGGCUGUCGUGGGCUGAUUGGAAAUCGGUCAAUAUCAGAGUCAGUUCUGCUAAAGUCUGAUGGUUGCCUUGAAGACAUUCGUAUCCCGUUCUAUCAUACACUGAAUGAGAAAGAUCGAUCUUCUUUUGCUGAUCAUCACGCACUGUCUCAAAUUCAACAUCAUCUUAAUAUGAAAUCAAGCAAAGAGAUUUCUCUAGUUUCCAAACUUAUUGGGCAAUUACAGACAGUGGCUUAUCUGAAAAAGGUUAUCCGUUUGGUGCUUCAAUGCUUGUUUCUAUCUGUGUCUGACUUCCUGGAUUGCUUUGAUGCUAUUCGCAACAGCUUACUAAGAAUUUCUGCUGUGAAUGUGAAGUCGUCAGCUAUGAGUGAAAAUGUACGCCAGGAGAUCCAAGAACUACUGAACUACUGUGAUACGCAAGGCACCUUGCUUGAGCUUUACCAAGAUAUUUGUAACUGCAGAUUAGGAGACUGUUCUCUAUCGAUAUCUGAAAAAUCAGAUGGAACUUUGCAGCAAUUUCAGCAUACUUUCAGAUUUCUGGACAGUGAGGCAAGUUUUCUUUGGACACUUCUUGAAAACUUUGUAACUCGCCAUUCGCACUUAUUGAUGACUGGUGAGGAAGCUGUAGAGAGAGCACAAAGAUUGAAACCAGGGGACUUUCUCUGCUACAUCAACAUCUUGAUUGAUGAGUCAAGCAAUAAAGGAAAUGCUAAACGUUUGUCGUCUAUGAGAAAAUCAGACAUGCAGUUUGCUGUAUUAGGAACGUUCCUUAUAAUGCCUUGCUUGUCUGGCCAGUAUUCUGUAACUGAUCUAUUCUCACUGUUGAAUACAGCUUGUGUGACAUCAAGUGAUGUUAUGCAUAUGGUUAUUUCUUGCCUGUUAACUACGCCUAUUCUUGAUCACUCAAAUGUGGAUGUUUUGCAACAGCUUUAUUCAUUUGUUCGAGAAAUAGUUACAUUAGGUAAUCCAGUAUCUGCUGAUGUCUAUGAGCCAUGUGUGCUAAUGGACUGGUGGAAACCAUGGAUGGUCAAAUUGGAGAACUCCUCACAUCCAUAUCGAGCUUUGUUGCUUUCUUUUGUCUGUUGUUGUGUUUCAAAGAGUUUUGCACUGGACAGCAAGGAGAGCACAGCACAGUCUGAUGAUGAUGACUGGGAGUCUGUGAAUAUUGAAGUGGAAACAUGGAGUGUGUUGGUACACCGUCUUGAGGAUCUUCUCUGUCUGUCAACAGUCAUUCUUUCAUUGGAUAAUGCUAAUCAAUAUGAUUUGACUGUUGCUAAAUUGGUGGAUGAGAGACAAGAUAUAUUUGUUCAGCUUGUUGCUGAUUAUAUAGUUACUGGACAGUUUGAUGUUGAAGCUGUGUCUUGGGGCGAACAUAUUCAGGGCAAUGAUAGAAGUGAUAGUGCUGAUAACAUAACUGAAGAAGAUGAUCAACCUGAAGUAUCAUGUGCUGAGGUCUACUCUGUGACUAUUGAUGAACGUUCCAUGUUUCUGGUUGAAGAUCUCAAAAUGCUUAGAUCUCGAUUUCCCAACACAUUGAAACCAGAAAUUUUGCACAUCUAUUGUGCAUAUGCUGCAGCUUGUCUUUGGACUAAAGAUGUUGAGGUAGUAAGUUAUCUUGAAGUGUCUUUGUCUCAUUUAUGUGCUACCAAGAUUUUCAAAUCAGAGAUGGCGUGCAUUCUGUGGAGAGAGUUUUUCAGAAACAAAAUACAAGCUUUGUCUUUACUAAUAGAAAAGGUUGGUCGUGCUCCUAAAGAUCGUCUCUGCAGGAAGAAUGUUGAGUUGAGCAUUGAUUCUAUUCCAUCCUUUCUUCAUGUUGGAAGCAUGCUGCUAGAAGAAAUGCAAGCAGGAGCUAGUGUUGAAUCUGUUUCUAGUCAAAUAUUUCAAGCGGAGCAGUUGUGGCCCUCAAAUAAAAUGAUGGAAGUCAAGCUAGAAACUGGUCUAUGGAGGAAAGUCACUUGUGAAACCAGACCUGGUGUUUCUCUAAUUAAACACCAUUAUGUCCUUUGUUUGAUCCUUCAUGCUGUCACAUCACUUUCAAUCAAGUCUAUAAAACCACUUUCACUAUUUAAUUCAAGGGUGAAUCAGCUACUCUUCAAUGACUUCAAUUCUGACUUGAAGGAGGUGACAGUUGAUGAUCCAUCUUUGUAUCAUGCAGCUGGUGUUCACUCUUUUGUUGAGCAAGUUGUUACUUCAUCUGUUGGUCAUCUUUCUUUUGGGGAAGAUCUUGUUGUUACUUGGUUUGAUAGAUCAUUGAAGUUAUGUAAACUACUGCAGUGCGAUGAUGAUCUUGUCAGAAAAUUGUAUGUAAAGCUGCUGUACAGACGAGGUUUGGAUUCACAUGCUGAGGAGACUUUGUUUGCUGUAAAAGAUAGAAUUUGUCUUGGGCGUGAGUUAUUGCCUAUUCUUGGGUGGCGGUUGUCCACUGCAAUGACAGUAGAUGAAAAUAAACAAAGAACAAUGGCUAUGAUUCCACAUUUACCUCCAGGUGUCUUUGAGUGGCUAAAGUCAUGCAAGUCAACAGUGCAAGAAGUAAGGAUGGUGUCAUCUGUUUAUCAUUGGCCCAGUAUCAAGAAGUUUGCAAAAGUGGUGAUGAGCCUUAUUCCUGAUGAUGAAUCUGAAUACAACACUGCAGCAAGACUAGCUGAUGCUUUGGAAAGUGCUACAUAAUUUGAUGUCUUUGUGGCCGGUAUACACUGCUAUUUGAUUAAAUAAUAUUAAGACUCUUUUAUCGUGCGGUAUUUAUAUGUUAAUCAAUGUUUUCAGUGAAUUAAGACAACUGCCGAGGGUGAAGCACUAUAGUGGUUAUUCAAUUGUCAGUGGUGUUCAUUUCUUCUCUUUUUGCUCUUUUGUUCAAGUAAAGUUUUAAUAGAAUUUGUAGUGGUUAUUAGUCAAA